GACGAGAGAAAAACAGAAACAGGCUGCAGCAGUCGCUGAGAGAGUUUGGAGAGUGAGAAAACAUGUCCACCGUCACCCUGAGCAGUGGCUACGAGAUGCCGGUCAUCGGUCUCGGCCUUUGGCGUCUGGAGAAGGACGAGCUUAAAGAGGUCAUCUUAAAUGCUAUUAAGAUUGGCUAUCGCCAUUUUGACUGUGCUGCUCAUUACAAAAGUGAAGCAGACGUUGGAGAAGCACUUGCAGAAGCAUUUAAGACUGGACUUGUUAAGAGGGAAGAACUUUUCAUUACCACCAAGAUUUGGAAUUCAGACCAUGGGCAUGUGGUGGAGGCCUGUAAGAACAGCCUCGAGAAGCUUCAGAUAGAUUAUCUGGAUCUCUACCUGGUUCACUACCCAAUGCCCACAAAGCACAAUGCAAUUGGUAAAACUGCCAGUCUUUUGGGCGAGGAUAAGGUGUUGGACAUCGAUGUAACAAUUUCCCUUCAACAAACCUGGGAGGGCAUGGAAAAGACCGUCUCUUUGGGCUUAGUUCGCAGCAUUGGUCUCAGCAACUAUGAGCUCUUUCUAACUAGAGAUUGCUUGGCUUACUCCAAAAUAAAGCCUGCUGUGAGCCAAUUUGAAACCCACCCCUAUUUCCAGCGCGACUCUCUCGUCAAAUUCUGUAUGAAACACGGCGUUCUUCCCACAGCUCACACCCCUCUCGGAGGUGCUGCUGCCAACAAGGAUAUGUUUGGUUCUGUUUCACCUUUGGAUGAUCCAGUUCUCAAUGAUGUGGCUAAGAAAUACGGAAAGAGCGUGGCACAAAUCUGUCUGAGGUGGGGAAUUCAGAGGAAAACAGCAGUGAUUCCAAAAUCAUCGAAAAUUCAGCGAUUGAAAGAGAAUUUGGAGGUUCUUGAAUUCCAGCUGAGCGAUGAAGACAUGCAGCUCAUCUACAGUAUCGACAGGAAGUAUCGUACCAGUCUACCUUCCAAGACUUGGGGCUUAGACGUGUAUGCAUAAGCGUGCCAUUCAAAAACCUUCGAAUUGCUGCCUCCGCAACUUCUUCCAAGGCUGUUCAACGGAAGCGAAAUGGAAACUAUCGUGAAUCUUACUUACAAUAAACUGAGCUUCAUAUAAUUUUCCAGAAGCUCAUCUAUCUGCUAGUUUGAAAACUUCAUUAUUCGCCCUUUGCAUUAGGCCUUGCAAAGGAAAAUAUAAUAAACGGCCCUUGUAUUUUUUUUGGUACUAAAUGAGUUAUUAAAG